AUUGCCGUAAAGAGAAGACAAAGCCGUGAAUACCAACCAGAAAAAAAGUGACGAUAACAGAGAAUUGAAAUUCAUUUAAGUCGUAAAACCCAAACCAAAGUGCGGCAUUUGCAACUUACAUAGCUACCGCAUAUAUAUUUAUUGAGUUUACUUAAGCAGAUAUUUACAUGAUAUCGUACUCACCAUUUGUUUGAGUGAGUGAGGCGAGAAAGCAAGCGAUAGCUAGACGAAGAAUCGCGUUUAAGUAGUCACUGCGAUGGCCUCCGAUAGCAUGGACAGAGAAAUGAUUCUUGCUGACUUUCAGGCUUGCACUGGCAUUGACAACAUUGCAGAGGCAAUCACGCUCUUAGAACUCAAUAAUUGGGAUUUAGUGGCAGCCAUCAAUGGUGUGAUGCCACAAGAGAAUGGGAUCUUGCAAAGCGAGGGGCCUCACAGCCAAGCAGCAACAGCAGAGGCAGCAGUGGCCCCACCAGCCACCUCAUCGUCUUCCUCCUCUCCGCCAUCCUCCUCCUCAGCCUUCUGCCCUGUCCUCCCCUCUCGACACAUUGUGGAGCGCCAGCCGCGCAUGCUCAACUUCCGGGUGGAGUACCGCCAGCGCACUGUGGAAGUGGUCGUAGAGGAGGGCAGCGCAGUUGGGGAAAUCAAACAUAUUCUUGAGACAGAGCUUCAGGUCCCCAUAUCACAAAUGCAGUUAAAGGGUUGGAAAAGUGGAGACGUAUCUGACGUUACGGUCCUGCGAAGUUUACACUUGCCCAAGAACAACAGCCUGUAUGUGCUCACCCCAGAUAUCGCCCCCACUGCCAGCACCAGCCAAAACAGUGUUCUUCAGGAGUCAUUAAAUCAGAACUUCCUGCUUGUCAUCAGCCACCGUGAAGCCCAGAGAGACUACAACCUCAACUUCCCUGGCAGCAGAACCAUACAGGAGGUGAAAAGGAAUGUUUCAGACCUGACAAACAUCCCAGUGCGACACCAACAAUGGGAGGGCUGGCCUGCUGCGGCAUCUGACGAUUCGAUGACACUGGCUGCCUCUGGAAUCAGCUACCCCUGCCAUCACCUCAGUGUGUGUCGAAGGUCCUCACCAGCCAACAACCAGGAGCCCACAGAAGAGUGCGCAGAUGUCCACAUGGUAAGCGACAGCGAGGGGGAUGACUUUGAGGAUGCGUCUGAAUUUGGAGUGGACGAAUCAGAGAUGUUCGGUAUGGGGUCUUCUACAGGCUGUCGGAAAGCCGCCUUGAUGCCAGAGAAUAGUGAGAAUGAAAGUGAUGCCUUACUGCACUUUACUGCUGAAUUUUCAACAAGGUACGGAGAAUGUCAUCCAGUGUUCUUCAUUGGUACUUUGGAGGCAGCAUCUCAAGAGGCCUUCUAUGGCAAAGCCAGAGAUAGAAAACUGCUGGCCAUCUACCUCCACAAUGACGAGAGUGUGCUCAGCAACGUCUUCUGCUCCCAGAUGAUGUGUGCAGACUCCAUAGUGUCCUAUCUGAGCCAGAACUUCAUCACAUGGGCAUGGGAUGUCACUAAAGAAGCUAACAAAGCCAGACUACUCACCAUUUGCACGAGGCAUUUUGGCAGUGUGGUGGCACAGACUAUUCGGACAUACAAGACCGAUCAGUUCCCCCUGCUCCUUAUUGUCAUGGGAAAGAGGACAUCAAAUGAAGUUUUAAAUGUUAUUCAAGGCAAUACAACAGUGGAUGAGUUGAUGAUGAGGCUAAUGGGUGCAAUGGAAAUCUUCUCAGCUCAGCAGCAAGAGGACAUCAAGGAUGAGGAUGAACGUGAAGCCAGGGAAAUGGUGAAGAGGGAGCAGGAUGAGGCCUACCAACUGUCAUUAGAGGCUGACCGUAAAAAGAGAGAAGCACAGGAGAAAGAGCAAGCAGAACAGCUUCGCCUGCAACAGAUCCAGAAAGAAGCAGAUGAUGAGAAAGAGGCCAUCCGUCUCUCAUUGGAACAUGCCCUGCCGCCAGAGCCGGCGGAGGAGGGAGGAGAGCCAAUUAGCAAGCUGCGUAUACGAACUCCCAGUGGUGAGUUUCUGGUGCGGCGCUUCCUGGGCAGCACCAAGUUGCAGGUCCUCUUUGACUUUGUGGCCUCCAAGGGCUACCCCUGGGAUGACUUCAAACUGCUCACCACCUUCCCCCGCAGAAACAUCACCCAGCUAGACCCAGCCUCGUCUUUACUGGAGGCCAAGCUUUUCCCGCAGGAGACCCUGUUCCUGGAAGCUAAAGAGUAGGACAGCCUGGCCAUGUGGUGGUGGGACUGGCUGGAAGAGUAGUGAAGAGUUCUAGCAUGGUUUUAGUGGGUCUACAGAGACAGACCACCCUCUCACAUGGAGGUGAACUCUCAAACACACACAAUACACAACAUAUACAGUACACUAUUCACACUCACAAACCCCACACACACACACGCGUAAGCAUCCCUGCUCUCGGCCUGUGCAUCGUACAUGAAUGCCUAGUGUACACGUAUGCACAAAGAAGCUACCACAAGCACACAGCCAAACACUCUCGCCCCUCACUUAAUUGCAGUGUCAUGGUUUUCUCUGUCCACACUUACAGUAUGAUAAAGGAUAUUAAUAAGAAACUUUUGAGUAGAAGAACAGCAUCACGGACAAGGACUUCCCACUACAGUACGGCUGCUUUUUUUAAGUCAUGUUUUGUUUGAAUAAAAUAAGCAAGGAGACAUUUCCUGGAGAACGCUGGACUAUCUAAUCUCCACCUGCAGUUGGCUGUACCCCCAUUGCUCCCACCUGCCCCUCCAUGCACCCAACCAGGGAUGGACCCCCUCCUGCCCCCUUCCCACCCGCAGCCAGAGAGGCUCAAUGUUCCUGAUCUGCACCCCUCCUGCUCUGCUCUGACCAAUCUGGUUUUAAUUUCAAAAUGCUCCACAACCAACUGUUACUACUUUAUUUUUCUUGAUCCUUUUUAAGUUUGAUGCUGUAUUAGUUUUAGUUUGAUAUACAUUAUAUAAAAUAUAUAUGAACAUGCAUCCGUCUGAGCCAGCACUCUCUUGAAAUGCGCACACACACACAUACACGUCAUAUGAAUUUUGUAUUAUUGUGGCCUUUUGUGAUUCUUUUUUAUCCCCCCCCCUCCCCUAAUUUAAGUGGUAUCGUUAAUACAGAUUUGACCGUGAGUGUUUUGAGCUGUAGUGGAGAGAUUGGGUAGGCUAUUCAUUUUGUAAAUCUGACUUGGAACAUUUAGUAUUUUAAGUGGCUAUUAGGUUUUAUUUAAAUUUGGUUUAUUCCUUGUCACCUUCUGAGUCAUUAUUUCUGGGUUUCUGUCAUUGAGACCUCAGCAAACUUUCUACAAAACAUUAAAGCUAUUAUAUUAUUU